GUCAAGGUGGAACCUCCCUUCGCGGUGGUCCGCGUGGGUGACCCACUCCACUUCCGCUGCUCCGUGCAGUUGGAGGUUAGAAACAUUGAGCUCCGCUGGACCCAUCUCGCCCCUACAGAGUCGUUGUGGGUGAAACACCCAAAUGAGUACCACAUCAUGUCGCCGUCUCUUCACGAGCUCAAAGGUGCCGUGAGCCUGGACCGAGCAGCGCGUGAGAACGCGGGGAGUGUGCUGUGCCAGGGGAAAGACCGCAGGGAUGGAGGCCUCUCCGUCAACGUCGCGGCCAAUGUCACCGUGCUGGACCGCGGAGUGUUGGAGCUGUCCCUGCUGAAUCCGCCUGGACCCAGCGUCUUGGUGGCGCGCGGCGACUCCCUGAAGCUGAGCGUGGGGGUGCUCUCGGUUCCUCCACUCAGCAACUGCAGCUGGCUGCACAACGGCGUCUCGGUCAUCAACGCGUCGACCUCACGGGCCUGCGAGGACACUACCCGCGGACACUGGUGUAAGUGCACGCUUUCGCUGCGUCGCAUUGUCCCCGUGGAGAGUGGCAGCUACUCCAUGGUGGCGCACAACGGGGACGCGCACGCGGUCAUCAGCGUCAACGUGAGCAUAGCGAGCGAGCCACCCAGAGUCGCUCACCAGGCCCAGAGGAGCGGUGCCCAACAAGGGAACCACGUGGUGCCGGCGCUGGGCGCUGCCACCCUGGCCAUGACAUUCAUCGCGGGGUACCUGUUCUACAGGUACAAGCAGAAGCCGCACUACGAGGUUCAGUGGAAAAUCAUCGACUCCGUGGACCACGACACGAACGAGUACAUCUACAUCGACCCCGGCAAGCUGACCUACGACCUCCACCACUGGGAGGUGGACAGAGCCACACUCGACCUGGGGGAGACGCUGGGCACGGGAGCCUUCGGCGAGGUGGUGGCGGCCACGGCCCACGGCCUCCACGGGCAGCAGGGCGCCACCACGUGCGUCGCCGUCAAGCGGCUCAAGAAGAGUGCCCGUGCCGUGGAGCGCGAGGCUCUGCGCAUGGAGCUCAAGGUUCUGUGUCACGUGGGGCAGCAUCCGAACAUCGUGAACCUGCUGGGAGCCUGCACCGAGCGCGAGCCCGUGCUGCUCAUCACCGAGUACUGCUGCCACGGCGACCUCCUGACCUUCCUCCGGGCACACAGCCCCAAGGGGUCCCCCAAGCCGGGGCUCGCACCCCAACACUCCGUCUACGGGAACCUGGUGGAACCAGGAGGCUCGGAGGAGAUCCUGCAGCCCCGGGAGUUGCUCUCCCUGUGCCACCAGGUGGCGGGCGGCAUGGCCUUCCUCUCCUCCAAAAAGUGCCUGCACCGCGACGUGGCGGCUCGGAACGUGCUGCUGGCUGAGGGCUUCCUCGCCAAGAUCUGCGACUUUGGGCUGGCCCGAGACGUGACGCGAGACCCCAACUACAUCCAGCGCGGCAACGCCCGGCUGCCCGUGAAGUGGAUGGCCCCAGAGAGCGUGUUCGACUGCGUGUUCUCGCUCAAGAGCGACGUGUGGUCCUAUGGAGUCCUCGUCUGGGAGGUCUACUCCUACGGUGAGAGCCCCUACCCUCACCUGGAAGUGGACGACACGUUCUUCCGUCUCCUCCAGGAUGGGUAUCGCAUGGAGGUGCCCAAGGCCUGCCCCCCAGCCAUGUAUGAGCUGAUGCUCCUGUGUUGGGACACGAGCCCCGCCGUCCGCCCGGCCUUCCGUGACAUCGAGGCUCUGCUUGCUCACAUGAUGCCGCCGCGCAGCGACGAGAUGGGUCCCAUGGGUCUCAAGUCGGUAGAGAAUCUGAUUGACUACGGGCUACCAGGCAGAGUGGAGAAUUCGUUCGCCCAGGUGGAGCGUACAGAGAGUCCCUUCGUCAACGUUGAACGGGUGUGCACCCAGGUGUGCCCCCAGGUGUGGGUGCCCAGGUGUGGGUGCCCAGGUGUGGGUGUCCACGUGGGCACCCAGGCGUGUACCGAGGUGUGGGUGCCCAGGUGUGGGGGGCUCAGUGCGGCCCGGGCACGUACGGGACCCGGGCGGGACUCCUGA